GCCUCCUCUUGGAGAGUGCCCAGAUCAUCUCCCACGUCCGUCCACCCGAUCAUUCAUCAUCUCAGCCCUCUACAAAGAAUCUUUUGACGGCUUUUGUUGAAUUUGCUGGCUCAAAGACCUCAUCGCCAAUCAAUGCCAAUUCCCUGUGCGUUUCAGUGAUGCCGAUUCGAACUGCCCGUCUUAUUUGUACCCGACUCGCAUCAUGACAUCCACAGUAAAGCCAAAGAAAUACGUCUGUACAUGGGAGGAUUGCGACAAAGCGUUCACACGAUCCGACCACCUCCAUAGACACCUCUUGAACCAUGGUAUGGGAGACAGCACAUGUCCAAGAUGCAGCCUGCAUUUCAAGAGGCCCGAUCUAUUAGAUAGGCACAUGGCUCGCCAUAAACAAAAGGACGAAGAAGCUGGGGGCGAAGGUUUGGGGGUCAUCGAAAGCCGUAAGAAGCUCUGGCGCGACAAGGAUGGAAAAAUCGUGAGCAAGCGACCCUCACAGGUGGAUUCUUCCGACCAGCCAGCAAAGAAAAAAGCAACACAGCCUCAGAAUAAUGGCUUCCCGGACCAAACAGCACUUCAUGCAGAACCUCUUUCGCCGCCCAAAUCCAUGCGCAGCGCAGAGUCCUUCGACCAUAUGACUGGUCAGAUGCCAGAGCUGGACUACCAUGACUUUGCUGAAUCUCUACCUGGUCCCGAUAUGUUUGACUUUUUGGCCAAUUCGUCCUGGGGUAUUCAACCUAUGCAAGCUUCUUUGAACUCACAAAAUGGAAUGUCUUUCGAAGACCCUUUUAACGCUGAUACCGCUAGCAGCUUCAACAUGCCCUUCACGACAAUGAACAAUUACAACUGGCUAUUUGACGUUGACAAUAGUUCACAACUUCCCAUAAACACCGACCAAAACGUGAGCUACAACUCGGCCAAUCAACAAAGCAGCAAGCAAGAGUCAACGCCUUAUCAAAUGAGCGGGACAACCUCAGUUAACCAUCACUUGGUGCAAGACUCUUUCAAUGGAGACUCGUCCAGUUUAAUGCAUCCAAUGUCCUCGUUGGAGACCGGGCAUGUCUUCCAGGAACCUUCGUCCCAAGGGGGAUUUCAAAUCAUCCCAAAUGGAAUGCAGACCAUGCCGGUCGCAUCAACAAUUUCACCAAUCUCUAUGCCACCCGAAUCAGACACCACGAGUCCAUCGAAUGACACGAGCCAGGGAUAUGGCGAAACGUCUCAGAACGAUCGAGAAUUAAUGCUGCACUCUUCCCGUUUAAUUGAUCAAGAUCUUCACUCUCAGUCUUCUUCCUUCCUGCCACCAGCUUUCGUCCCGGACAUUGGACCAAGGAGCAUGCCUACCAUGGACGAAGUGUCUCGGAACCAAAUACUGGACCUGCUUGUCAAGGCAAAUCCAAGAACCCCAGAUGGACUAGAGAUUGGUCGCGACCAUCCUCUUUUGACGCUUUCUGCCAUGCAAAACUACCUUGAUCUCUUCUUCUCGAGAUUCAAUGUGGCAUAUCCUUUACUGCAUCAGGCUACAUUUGACCCUUCGCAGACAGAGCCUUUGUUGCUAUUAGCAGUCAUCUCCCUCGGAGCGACUUACAGCGAGAAGUCAAUUCACCGACUAGCAGUCUGUAUACAUGAUGUGCUUCGAGCACAGAUCUUCCAACACUCUGCCUUUUCGGCUGAGCCCGAACUGUGGAUGUUGCAGACGAUCUUACUAGUGGAAUGCUUCGGAAAAUCCCGAGCUGGCCAGAAACAACAUGACAUGGCUCACUUGUUUCAUGGGCUUCUGAUAAACCUCAUCCGGAGAAGCGAUUGUCAAACCGUUCGACAGCCAGUCUUUGCAGAUGGAGUCGGUGACCUUGAGACAAAGUGGCGGAAAGCCAUUGAUGUGGAACUUCGGAGGAGGCUCGCAUUUCUUUGCUUCUUGUGGGAUACACAACACGCAGUGCUGUUUUCACAGUCCUUGUGCAUGUCAUCAUUUGAACUCCGUACCUCGUUGCCUUGCAAUCAAGCAACAUGGGAGGCGCGGUCGGCCGAGGAGUGGUGGAAACACGCCCGGAAGGAACAAGAGGUUUCUUAUCUCGCUGUUCUUAAAGCAUACGUCAAUCCAGACUCGGGCACACCGAUCCCGCCUCUCAGCGCGCUUUCACGCCUGCUGAUUCUCCAUGGUCUAAUGUCCAUCCAGUGGGAUAUGAAGAGGAGAGAUCAAACGUCCCUAGGUGUUGGAAAUGCAAAUUCGAGCAAUUCUGAGCAACCCAAAUGGCAGGACCGGCUUGCUCAAUCGUACAACGCCUGGAAAGCCGAUUUCGACACAUAUUGCAUGAAUGUCUCCUUUGCUUUGGACAGCCCAGCCAAAAAGGCCGAAUUCACCCGCUUCAGCACAUCGACUAUUGCCAUCUACCAUGCCGCUCACAUCACUCUUAACGUUGAAAUCCUCGACCUCCAGAUAUACGCAGGAGCUCGUCAUAUCAUCGGCCGCCCAGUCACUCGAGCAGACUAUGGUCGGUCGCGGCGAAUCGUGAAGGACUGGGCAAAGCCUGGUGGGUCAACGCCCGCUACAAAGGCUGCCUGGCAUGCUGCCCACUUGUUACGGGACGGCAUUAUGAACCUGGACAAUUGGGACGUCAACAACGCCUUCCAUUACCCAUGGUGCUUGUACCUUUCAACACUGACCUGCUGGGCGUUCCAUUUCGCCAAUGCGUCGACCAAAGUCAAGGGGGCCUCAUCCAGCUCACGCAGUGACCGUGCCAGCAGCACGGCUGAGUCCCCUGGAGACGCCGCCAGCUCUCACGAUGGAAUCGUCUGGCACGCGAAGGCCGAGAUGAAUGCCCUGGUCAGCAGCAUGACGAGUGUGGUUCCCGAGGAUCUCUGGAGAGUCAUUGGCCGUUACUCAACUUCGGGCCUGACUGCUGUCAUGGCUAAACAUUUGAGUAAUGUGAGAUGGGCCGUUGUUCACGAAGGCAUGAAAGUGCUGCGCGGGUUGGUACCUGAGCGGUCCAUAAACGAGUAUGAUAGCUUCUUGAGAUAGUAUUGUAAGUUCUAAUGCAGCUGUAUUAUGGUAAGGCAGAUUGGUUGGGAUCUCUUAUGAUUGGUGGCCAUCAUAGGUCAGAGCUCUAGCUGUAUAGCAAUGAUAUCUAAAAGUCCAAGUCGAGGUCGCCGGUGGCAUGCCACGAUCUACUUCUUC